CCUGGAGUUGCCUGCAGACUGAACUCCACUUUUAUAAGUCUGCAGGUGGAGGAGUGGGAGGACUGUCCAGAACAACUCCGCUCAUUUAGAGCUCAAAAGAGAUGGAGAAGAAUUUGCCAUCAACACCUACCACUGCUAACUCUCCAGAGUCAUGUUCUAUCCCGGAGGGACAAACUGACCAUAUCUGAACCGACAGACAAUCUGCCAUCUCUAGAUAAGUCUGAGGCCAAAUCCCCCGAGGUUUCCUCCAAACCCCCCACCCCUCCACCAAACCAGGCUGCGUGCGAAUCGGAUGCCCAGACGGGCUCCCCUUCUUCCCCCACCGCCGAUUCACUCGCCUCCAAAAGACGCACCUUCGCUUCGGUGGCCAAGCGGGUGAUAAUUCAGGAAAGACUGAGAAAAGCAGAGGAGGAGGAUGCCAAUGAAGAUGACGAAGAUGAAGAGCCAGAAGAGGAGCUGAGUGUGGAGCAGCUGGAGGAGAAAGCAAAAGCUGGUGAUGCACGAGCUCAGACCCGGCUUGCUCAGCACUAUUUGCUUCUGGCUGAAGAGAAGGAAGAAGAGCUGAAUAACUGCCUGGCUGUUGAUUGGUUGAUUAAAGCAUCAAAGCAGGGAAGAAAGGGUGCAGCGAGAAUCCUCCAGCGCUGUUGGAUCCAAAGAAAAGGUAUCACCCCAGAAAAUGAAGAAGAUGUGCGCGUGCUGUCAACCGAAAGUAAGUUUGAACUGGCGGUCCGCAAAGCCGCCAUGAUGAUGUACUGGAGGCUCAACCCGGACAGGAAGAAAAAGGUGGCUGUGUCAGAAAUGCUGCAGAAUGUGAGCCAGGUCAACGCAAUGCAAGGGGGCAUCCCAAGCAGGAUUCCCGUCCCAACCUCGGGCCAAACCCAGAAAGUGUUGGAGAGCAUGGUCAGCAGUGACUCCAAUCAGCUGGUGGACCUGGACGACUUUGUUGAGAUGACUAAAAAGUACGCGCAAGGUAUCGUCCCAUCAGCUCCCAACAGUGGAAGCCAGCCCACGGAAAGAACUGAAAGGCCUGCCCCGCUUCGGAGUGGCAGGGAGCAGAAGACCGAACUGGUCCAAACGGGAUACAAGAAGCUCCACAAACACUCCUGGAGUUUUGACUGCAGCGGGAUGUUGGACACCAGGCAAACUGGUGCGAUUAAAACCGCCAUGGACAUGAAAUCCCGCUUGAUGAUGCUGCAGUAUCCGCUGCAUGCACUCAUUGAAAUGAAGGAGCACCUGAUUGACUGGGCCUCACGGGCUGGCGUCCUGUGGCUGAGCACCAUCAUCCCCACGCAGCACGUCAACGCGCUCAUCUUCUUCUUCAUCAUCAGCAACCUGACGGUCGACCUGUUUGCUUUCGUCAUCCCUCUGGUUGUCUUCUACCUCUCCUUCGUCUCCAUGAUCAUCUGCACUUUGCGAGUUUUCCAGAGCAGCAAGACUUGGGAGAACUUCAGAGCUCUCACAUCUCUUCUGACACGGUUUGAGCCUGGCCUUGACGUGGAGCAAGCGGAAACCAACUUCGGCUGGAACAACCUCGAGCCUUACCUGUAUUUCAUCUUUUCUGUGUUCUUUGUCAUCUUCUCUUUCCCCGUUGCCGACAAGAAAUGGAUCCCCUGUUCGGAGCUCUCCACCAUAGCCAUCUUUUUUACUGCAGUCAGCUAUGGAAGCCUCAGCCCGACUGCAGCAGCAUAUGCCCGCCGGGCAAUGUUUAUAGAGGUGGCAUCGAAUCUGUGUUGCCUGACCCAGUUACUGCCAGAAAACAUGACAGCAAUUCGCUUCCUGGGACGCACCUUCAACACUUUGCCACUUGGGGAUUCCGUGGUGCUGAAGCUCAGCAUCCCCUGUCUUCUUUAUGUCUACCUGUUCUACCUGUUCUUCAGCAUGGCGAGGACGCGCGGUUUCCGGGGGACGUACUGCUUUUUGAUUCCAUACCUUGUGUGCUUCAUGUGGUGCGAGUUCUCAGUGGUCCUCCUUCGGAAUUCCUCCGCCGUGGGUUUAAUCCGCACUUGCGUGGCUUACUUCCUUUUCCUGUUCGCGUUGCCUGUUCUGGCAUUUGGCCUCGCCAUCAUGAUCUUCAUCCAGCUCUUCAAGUGGUUCCUCGGGCUGGAGCUGACAAAGAUGAUCGUGACCCUGGUGGUGUGCGCGAUCCCGGUCACCCUGCGGCUUUGGACGCGGUUCAGCAUGUCUAUUCUGGAUAUCAUCCGCUCGCUGACGCACCGCGGCCCAGUUAAGGUCAUACUGCUCUGUAUAUCCACGGUUAUCCUGUUCUUCUCGGUCUAUGUGUACUACGCGGAGGGACAGAAGGUCUACAACUCCUCCCUGACCUGGAGUCAGUACAGUCAGGUCUGCGGGCCCCCUGCCUGGAAAACAAAAAGCAUGGCCCAAACGCAGAUCAUUUGCAGCCACCUGCACGGACACAGAGUCACCUGGACCGGGCGUUUCAAGAGUGUCCGCGUUGCCGAAACAGAGAAUGGCGCCCAGUCGGUCAUAAACAUGUUGCCGGUGUUCAUAGGAGAUUGGUUCCAGUGCUUGUACGGUGAGACCUAUCCCAAAUGCGAGCCAAAGAACACCACGUUUGUCAACCUGACAGCUACAGCGGCAGCGACCGGCUCGGCAUCGGCCACCGUCCCACUGCCCAUGUUGCUUCACAUGCAGGAGGAGGAGGAGGAGCUGUGUCAGGUCAAGGAUCUGGCUAAACAAACCUGCCACGUCAAGCGCUUUGACAGCUACCGGUUCGAGGUGACGGUGGGGAUGAUCCAAAGCCCCGAGGCGGAGGACCCAGCCAGGGAUAUACUCCUGAUGGCCAGCCACGAGUUUAGACAGGUGCUGCUAAAUCUGAGCCCUGGAAAUAUGGUGGAGUUCAGCACCAAGCUGGAGGGCCGUCUGGGAUCGAGAGCACCAGCCUUUGAGCUGAAGGCCAUCCACUGCCUGGACUGCGUAUCUCCUCGGCUUACUGGACGCAGGCAGGUUAAGAUAGAAAGAGACUGGAGGCGCACGACAAUGAAAGCCCUGAAAUUUGCGUUUGAUUUUUUCUUCUCUCCUUUCCUAUCAGCAAAAAUCCAUGCUUGAGAGGAAAAAUGAGUAGGGAAAGAAUGCUUUCAGGGUGUUGAUAGUCAAGUUAAUUGAAUUCUAAUGAAGGUUAACGUAUUAACCCAAAAUGGAUCUAGAGAUUUUGUGCAUAUGAAGGCAUCUCAACCUGGGAAUGUAAAAGUUUACAGAGACAUUAUUGUUCCCUUUGAACACAACAUUUUAAGAAAACUCAGCUAAUCAUGUACAAGAAUGCUUGUUUUAAUGAUCCUGUACACUUGUUAAAGAAUUAGGCGUCAAGUUAGUAAAGAGAGAACUUGAGAAGUUUGUUAUCCUUAAAGUUUUGUACUUAUGACUUCUUUUGAACUACUUUUUAUUUUUGUAAUGCACAUUUACAGGCCCAGAAUUGCCUCGACGUGUCUUUGGGGGGCUUAAGUGUACAAUUUGUACGCAAUCCAGCUCUUUGCCACACCAUUUUGCUUUAUAUUAUUUUGAUGUCAUCUUUCUGCCAUGGUGCAGUUGCAGGGUUCACAUUUGCUGUGGUCGUUUUUGCUUUGAUGACAGUGUUAUUGUAGGUAGAGGGAGCCAAAGAGCAUGAAAACUUGACAAAUUCUCUAGUGUUACUUUAAAUGAUUAAAGCAGCUGAUGCUGCAGCAUUUUAGGCCCAGAAACUCAUUAUUUUUACCUGCACUGUGAAAAAGAUUUGCAUGGACAACACAUUUGCUUGUUUUAUAUUUGUGUACUUAAAGCAACUUUUUACUUAAAAGUGUUUGUUAGAAUCUAACACACUGUAACGUGAUGAUGGAAAUUAAACAGCCAAGGCUGAACCAAUAAACUAUGUGAAAAAAAUAUAAAUAUGAACUGUUUUACACGCAGUAUAUCAUCACCAUGGAAUGAGUUUCCUCUGUUGUGAUGGUUUGCUUGGUCUUGAUAGCAGCUCUGAUCUGUUGGGGUGUUUUUGUUUUUUGCUUUUUAUGGGUUUUUCUUUCCUUUGUCCCCAGCAAGUGAAAUUCGGCUUAACUGAAUGGGUCUUUGAUUCUGUCAAACGCUUCCAAUGCUCCACUUCCUUAUCCUCAGAACUACAUGUAUGUAUAUGUUUAAGAUGCGCUGCAUAGUACUACAAGUUCCACAAGCUUUUACCUCGAUGUUCCAAACUGCUUUUGGAUUUUGGGCAAGUUUUUCUCAAAUAAAUUGUUACCUGGUGUAAAAUGUCAUGUGUUCUUAAUUUUGGUUUCUAUUUAUCGGAUUUUAAGAUCAUUAGAAAUUGAAAAAGUGGAUGCCUAAAUUUUUUCUUAUGAAAAAUCCUCCACACAGAAAGCUGCUUUAGCCUAGGA